CCAGUCAGCAUGUUACGCAAAGUGUAAUUAAGUGCCUGGUCUGGGAGGGGGCUGGUUUACCAAGAGGCUCUGUUCGCCGGUCGGUAUCUUCCCCGCGCCACGUGAGGGGAACCAAAGGGCCUUGACAUCACUGGACCACCGUGACGUAAUUGACAACAACUAGUCUGUCAGCAAUAUGCCGCGAAAGCAAGAUAUAGAGGAUGAGGAGGAGAAAGUGAAGGAGACAGAUAAAGUGGUGAAGAAGGGCAAAAAAGACAAGAAAGGAAAGAAAUCGUUUUUCGAGGAACUCUCUGCCGAUAGCAAGCAGGCGCAGGAGGAGGAGGCCGCCAAGGAGCGAGAGAAGGAGCAGCAACAGCAGCAGCAAAAGAAGAAGGAGAAAGAGAAAAAGAAAAAGGAUCGUCGGAAGCACAGAGGCGGGGACGAUGACGACGAUGAAGACAAGGAGAUCUCGGAGAAACUGAAGAAGCUGUCCGUGCAAGCGAGCGACGAUGAGGACGAGGAGGAGUUAGUGUCUCAGCCAGCCCGCAGAGGUGGUAAAAAUCAGGCAAGAAAUAUCUUUGCUGCCCUUGGCGAUGACCAGAGUGAGGAGGAAGAGGAGGAGGAGGAUGAGGAGGAAGAGCAGAAAUCAAAGAAACAGAAAGGGAAGAAAUUGAAGGAGGAACCGGACACGAAGCAAAACAAAAAAGGGAAGAAAAAUGAGAAAGUCAAGGAAAAACUCCCUAGUGAAGAAGAGACCCCAAAGGAAAAAAACAAAAGCAAACCUCCCGGUGAUAAUAAAGCCACUGAAGAAGAGGCUCCAAAAGAGAAGAACAAGAGCAAAAAACCUGUGCCUAAGGCCGCUUCAGCUGACUCCGAGGAAGAAGAAGAGGAGAAGAAAAAACCUCAAAAGGGGAAAAAGAAGGGCAAACCUGCGCAGAACCGCUUUGUUGCCCUGGAUGUGGCUGAAGAUUCUGCCAGUGGUGGAUCUGGAGAGGAGGGGUCCGGCGAUGAAGAGAACGCGGGAAACGAUAAAGCGGAGGAGGCCGAGGAUCCGUUUGCCAAUCUGAGCAAAAAAGAGAAGAAGAAAAUGAAGAAGCAGAUGGAUUACGAGAAGCAGGUGGCCUCGAUGAAGAAAGCCACGGCCGCAGAGAACGACUUCUCGGUGUCGCAAGCAGAGCUGUCCUCCCGUCAGGCCAUGCUGGAGAACGCUUCGGAUAUCAAGCUUGAAAAGUUCAGCAUUUCUGCCCACGGGAAGGAGCUGUUUGUUAACGCCGAUCUGUAUGUCGUGGCCGGGCGCCGCUACGGUUUGGUUGGUCCUAACGGUAAAGGGAAGACCACCCUCCUAAAACACAUCGCUAACAAGGCUCUAAAUAUCCCCCCAAACAUCGAUGUCCUGCUGUGUGAACAAGAGGUGGUUGCUGAUGACACCCCGGCUGUCCAGGCUGUCCUCAAGGCCGACACCAAGCGUUUGAAGCUUCUGGAGCAAGAGAAGAAACUGCAGGCCCGGCUGGAGAAAGGAGACGACAGCGCAGCGGAAAGGCUGGAGAAGGUGUAUGAAGAACUGCGAGCCACCGGAGCUGCCUCGGCAGAAGCAAAGGCUCGUAGGAUCUUGGCCGGUCUUGGUUUCAACCCAGAGAUGCAAGACAGAGAGACGCGGCGGUUCAGCGGAGGCUGGAGGAUGAGAGUCUCUCUGGCAAGGGCUCUGUUCAUGGAGCCAACUCUUCUAAUGUUGGAUGAACCGACCAACCACUUGGACCUCAACGCUGUCAUCUGGCUCAACAAUUACCUCCAGGGCUGGAAGAAGACGCUCCUCAUAGUAUCCCACGACCAGGGCUUUCUAGACGAAGUCUGUACGGACAUCAUGCACCUCGAUAUACAGAAGCUGUUUUAUUACAGAGGCAAUUACAUGACGUUUAAGAAGAUGUACCAGCAGAAACAGAAGGAACUGCAGAAGCAGUACGACAAGCAGGAGAAGAAGCUCAAGGAAUUGAAAGCUGGUGGGAAGUCGGCCAAGCAAGCGGAGAAGCAGACUAAAGAAGCUUUAACCCGAAAACAGCAGAAGUGUCGGAAGAAGAACGCGGAUGAGGAGUCCAACGAGCAGGCCGAGUUAUUACGGAGGCCGAAGGAAUACACCGUGAAGUUCACCUUCCCCAACCCUCCUCCUCUCAGCCCCCCUAUUCUUGGCUUACACGGGGUUGACUUUGGUUACUCGGGGCAGAAGUUACUGUUCAAGAACUUGGACUUUGGCAUAGACAUGGACUCCAGAGUCUGUAUCGUUGGCCCUAACGGAGUUGGGAAAAGUACUCUGCUGCUGCUGCUGACGGGGAGAUUAACGCCAACGAAAGGUGAAAUGCGUAAGAACCACAGACUGAAAAUAGGCUUCUUUAACCAGCAGUACGCAGAUCAGCUGAACAUGGAGGAAACGGCGACGGAAUAUUUACAGCGCAACUUCAACCUGCCCUAUCAGGAUGCCCGCAAGUGUCUGGGAAGGUUCGGUCUGGAGAGCCAUGCCCACACCAUCCAGAUCUGCAAACUGUCAGGAGGGCAGAAAGCCAGGGUGGUGUUUGCCGAGUUGUGCUGUCGGGAACCAGAUGUCCUAAUUCUGGAUGAACCUACGAAUAACCUGGACAUUGAGUCCAUUGAUGCUCUGGCAGAGGCUGUGAAUGAAUAUAAAGGAGCGGUGAUCACGGUCAGCCAUGACGCCCGGCUCAUCACGGAGACAAACUGCCAGCUGUGGGUCGUGGAAGACCAGAGCGUGAAUCAGAUCGAGGGCGACUUUGACGAUUAUAAGAGGGAGGUCUUGGAGAGCCUCGGCGAGGUCAUCGUCGGAAAGCCCCGGGAAUGAGGGGUUCGGUGACUGAGGGCGAGAGAGUGGAGCGGUUGCCACGACUAACAGAGGGCAGUUUCACCCCCGGACGGGAGUCCCGCAGGGUGGACCCUGGGGAUGGAAUUACCCUUAUUUUUAUUCCCAUUUUGCUGCCUUGUUCAUGCAAAUGAUACAAAUAAAUAUUUAUAUAUUGGCUUUGA